CAUCUCUUCUUCGUCUUCAUUCCUACAUCUCCGAGGGCAAGGGCCGGAGCUGGAACCCGAUCGAUCGCCAUUCUCCGAUGAUGCUUCUCCGAAGACCCUUCUUCUCAUCCUAUAAGGGCUCCUCCUUCGCCUCCUCCUCUCUUUGUGCUGUGGAUGAUCGGAGGGAUGGUGGUGGCGCUGUGGCGGAGGAGGAUGAUGAUCGGUGGUCGACGAUGCUUCCGGAGUUGAUGGAGGAGAUCAUAAAGAGGGUGGAGUCUAGCGAGGAGCGUUGGCCCCUUCGCCGGAGCGUUGUCGCCUGCGCCUGCGUCUGCCGCCACUGGCGCGAAGUCACCACCGGCGUCGUGCGACCGCCCCUUGAAUCUGGAACUAUCACCUUCCCUUCUUCCCUCAAAGAGCCAGGGCCCCGGGGACAUCCGAUGCAGUGUUUCAUCAAGAGGAACAAGAAGACUUCCACGUAUUACUUGUAUCUCAGCUUGACGCAAACAUUUGCAGAUAAAGGGAAGUUUCUCUUGGCAGCUAAAAGAUUUAGGUGUGGCGCCCAUACGGAAUACAUUAUCUCACUAGAUGCUGAUGACUUGUCGCAAGGAAGUAAUGCAUACGUGGGAAAGUUGAGAUCCAAUUUUUUAGGAACCAAGUUCACAAUCUACGACAGCCGGCCUCCUUACAGUGGUGCGAAGGCAUUAAGUUGCCGAACAAGCCGUCGUUUCCCUAGCAAGCAGAUAAGCCCACAGGUUCCUGCAGGCAAUUUUGAGAUAGGCAAAGUAUCUUACAAAUUCAAUCUUGUCAAAACAAGAGGACCGAGAAGGAUGAUGUGCACAAUGCGUUGCCCUCCUGCACAAACACCAAUUAUCGAUGAAGAUCCUAAGUCAACAAGCUCCCCAGAGGCUGUUUCUAGACCUGUUGUCCUGAAAAACAAAGCCCCGAGGUGGCACGAGCACCUGCAAUGUUGGUGCUUGAAUUUUCAUGGUAGGGUCACUGUUGCCUCUGUGAAGAAUUUCCAGCUUGCAGCGGCAGCAGUAGAUCCCAGCCAAUCAGGGUCAACAGGGGAUGAAGAGACAGUGCUGCUUCAGUUCGGUAAGGUCGGGGAUGACAUGUUCACCAUGGACUAUCGGCAACCACUCUCGGCCUUUCAGGCAUUCGCCAUUUGUCUGACUAGCUUUGGUACUAAACUUGCUUGCGAAUAAAAUGCCAUUAUCGUCCCUAGCUAUUUUUGCUGUAACAAGCCAGCUGGGCUUUUGAUUUUCCUCCAUAGACGGGUCUGUGUAGCAUGUUUGCGUGCUUGUCUUUGUUGCAGUUGUUGCUACUGCUUAAACUGAGCAAUACUUCGCUCGGAAGUAUUGCUGUGCAUUUGAAUCUGCUUUUCGACAAAAGGGAUCGUCAUGGGACAAAUUGUAUAUAUUUGAUGAUCUGUGAAUGAAGAAAGGUUCUUGCUUGUC